CGUUCCGGUCAUCAGUCCCGAGGCCGCAGUAUUUGGAGACGGUUUAGCGGAUUAAUCUUCCGUGGGGAGAUGCUAUGGGUUGUUCAAUUGAGGUAAAGAACCUUCGGGGGUUUUUUCCUACCAGGGUGGGGAAAUCCACGCUGCGAAUGGGCGGAACUAAAGAUGAGGUAGCUGUGCACCGAGGGGAGCGAAUUGGAGGGCUGCGCUGUGUUCCUCAUUCAAUCUUCCUCCUUCCCAUAAUAAAAUCUGGUUUUCAGUUGGCAGUUAAACGUUUGGGGGAAGCUAUAAGAGGUGCUAAGUCGUUUUUCAGUCAUGUUGAGUAUCCUUCCGAAUGGGAAGUCUGCGCAUGUUUGAUUCCUGGUUGUGGUAUGAAGGGACAUGGCUGAAACGAAGCAGGUUUGGGUCUGUUCAGUGACCGCCCCGGAACCACAUGUAGAAGAAAGGCGGGAUAUAAAUUUAAGAAAAUAAGUAAAUCGAGCUAUAUAGGCAAGGUACUGUACAGGAUAAUACAGAAUUCCUCAAAAAUGGCUACCAUAGGAUAAGAAUUAGAUUGAGAAGAUCAUCAGGGAGUAGUAGAAAGAGUUCUCUGGUGGUUUUCUGCAAGGUUAAAGAACUGUAGGUGUGCUACAGGGUUUGCUAUGUAAAGAUAACUUUUAACUGGUUUGGAAAGAGAAGGAUUUCUAGAGGGUUGAUAGAAACUUGUAAAAUAGAUAAGCAAGGCUACAUGGCAUAGGUGAUUUGCCUUUGCCAAUUUUCUUUCUGGAGAAAAAAAUGGCCUUUACCAUUGUGAAGAAACUGGUAGCUUGAGUAGCUGUUGCAGCUGGGACCUGAUUUCUCUUUAUGCCUGUGUCGUUUUGUAACAGGGUGGUAUUCCAAAUGGAAGAAAAAUCCCAGACGCAGGGCAAUCCUAACACAUCACAUCAAUCCACUUUGGAGUUUUCGUAGAACUUGAGAAUUUGCUGUCAAGUUACAGCUGUUGCAUCCAGUAUAGAAGAAUCCCCAUAUAGCACGCCUGCUUGUCUUCAUCAUGGCCUUUCCAGAGCCAAAACUGAAGAAGCCUGAGUUGCCAAAGAAACUUCUGGGCACACUGGAAUGUAAACAGGGAGCUGUCAGGGCAGUGAGGUUCAAUGGUGAGUGUAUCCUUGAUCUUAUAACAUGGUGUUGAAUUUUUAGAACCAGAGAAACAAAGCAGAGUCUAGUGUGUGAUUUACAAUUUUUAGAGGUGAAGUUGUGGUAGCCUGUUGCAGUUAAACCAGCAAGGAGUCUUGUGACGCCUUAGUUAUUGCAGGUGUGGGGAUGCUGUGACCUUCUGGAAGUUCCUGGACUACAACUCCCAUCAUCCCUGAUUGUUGGCUGGGGCUGGUGGGAGUUGGAAUUCAGUAACAGUUGGAGGGUCACAGCUUCUCCUCUUUUGCCUUAAAGAACAACAAAUUUUAUUACGGCAUAAGUUGUUGAAAACAACAUUCAUCAGAUGCAUGAAGUGCAAUCCUCAGUUACCUGGUAUAUAUACAUAGAAGAGUGCAAAGGGGGAAAACCCAAAAGUUGGAGCUGAAUAGCAAUGCAAUGUAUAAAUUAUUAGGGCAGUGUUCAACUAAGGGUUUGUGCUAGUGCAAGGAUUAACACUAGCACAGUGGGAUUUCCCCUUCUUCUACACUGUAUGCCCUGUGCCAUCCCCAAAUCCGCUCUGGAGGGUUGGGGUUGGGGAGAAACCCAGAACAGAUUUAGGGGGGGCGGGGAAGAAGGGAGAGAGAGAAUAUUCCAUUGCUCAAGAGGAAAUCCUUGCACUGAUGGAACAUUCAGCUUAGUGCUAUGUUGAAUAUAAUCCUUAGCGAUUCACAAGCUAAAGAAAAUAAUGAUUGGGGGAAGGUGUCUAUACCGUGGUUAUAGGUUUCUUGCUCAGGGAGAAAAUUUGUGCCUGCAGCAGGAAUAGUGGAACCUGUGUAGCACAUGCAGAAAAUAGGAAAGGCAACUCUGUCAGGAACACUGCUGAAGAGUGUUGCAUUGGAUACUGUUCAAUAAGUUUUUCCUCUCCCAUCCCCCCUGCAGUGGAUGGAAAUUAUUGUCUCACCUGUGGCAGUGACAAAUCACUUAAGCUCUGGAACCCCCUCAAAGGCACUCUCCUUAAGACUUACAGCGGCCAUGGCUAUGAGGUUCUGGAUGCAGCAGGGUAAGAAUUGGGAAGAGGGAGCCACUCUUUUGGAAAAAAAGAUUUUGUGGUGAAAUACCACCAGAAAUUUUGAGAUGGUGUGCCCUUUUAAAAUGUGGCUCUUUUGGGGGGGAGGGUUAUUGGGUUGUUGUUUUUAUUUUGAUUAUAUAUAUUGUGGUUUUAUAUUUUGACUUCUGUGAACCACCCUGAGACCUCCAGGUAUAGGGUAGUACAGUGGUACCUUGGUUUGCAUACGUCUUGGUUUUGGAUUACAAACACGUCAAACCCAGAAGUGCGUGUCCCAGUUUGCAACCUUUUUUUGGAUUACAACCCAUUUCUUUUGGAUUACGAACAAAUUUUUUUUUGGAGGCCCCAUUGGCGAAAGUGCGCCUUGGGUUACAACCUGUUUUGGUUUACAAACGGACCUCUGGAACGGAUUAUGGUUGUAAACCAAGGUACCACUGUAUAUAAAACCAAUCAAUCAAUAAUAAUAAUAAAAACUGGCUGGAAAGCAGGUGGGUCACUGGUCAGAACUUUUGUGGUCUAUGCCUUGUCUACUUUUCUACUGGAGUUGUGAGCAGGGCAAAGUAGAGUUUUAAAAAUUGCUUGGUAAACAAAUUAAAUCUUCUGACCUGCCUGUGUUGCAUAAAUUUAACUUUUAAUGUUAUACAAUACAGCUGGAAAACAAAUAAUUUAUAAAAUUCAUAAUCAAAAGAAACAGAUAUGGAUGAAUAACAUUUUUACAUUCCAGAAAGAAAGAAAAAUCAAUUUCCCCAUGAAGCUAUCAGUUGUAUAUUAAACCAAUUUAAAUGAAUUGUCUAAAUAUGCAAAACUUGAACCUGCUAACUGUUGGGAGAAAACCUGUAAAUAGCAUAGUAAUACUGUCCCACUACCCAGCCAGUGAUAAUAGGAUAUCCUAUUCAGUCCCUGCUCCAUACAUUUGAACCCAUCUUUAAUGUCCUAAGGUUUGAAACUUAGCUUUUGAAAAAUUAAAUCUGACAUUCUUAAUACAGUAAGAAUACAGUAAUUCAGGGAGUUGCACAUACAGGAAGCAAUCAGGAUGCUUUCCCCAUCAUUAUCUGUCUCUAUCCACUCUGCAGAUCAUUUGAUAACAGCCAGCUUUGUUCAUGUGGUGCAGACAAGACAGUAGUGUUGUGGGAUGUUGCCACAGGUCAAGUGAUUCGCAAGUUCCGUGGCCAUGCAGGGGUAAGACCUCUUCUGUCCUUUGUCCCUUCCAAGAAAAUGGAACAGAGUAACUUCCCUGGAUCAGACCAAUCUAGUCUAGCAUCCUUUUCACCACAGUGGCCAAUCUGAAAUCUCACAAGCUGGGUAUGAGAGCUUUUGUUUCUCAGUGGCCGGUACUCAAAAUCAUGCUGCCUCUGAUUUUGGAAGGCUGUAAUGUAUAGCUGUCAUGACUAGUAGUCAUUGAUAGCUUUAUCCUCCAUUACUUUGUUCAAUUCCCUUUCUAAGCCAUUUAUGUUGGUUGUCAUUGCCACAUCUUGUGGCAGUGAAUUCCAUGGUUUAACUAUUUGCUGUGUUAAGAAAUACUUCCUUUUGACUGUCCUGAAUCUUCCACCACUUUCAUUGGAUCACCCCAGGUUAUAAUGCUAUAUGACAGGGAGAAAAGGUCUGUGUCCACUUUUUCUGUACCCUGUAUAAUUUUAUAUAAUAUACUGCUAUCAUGUGUGUGCAUCCUACUUACUUACCUUUUUUCCUAAACUAAAAAGCACCAAAUACUGCAAUCUUUCUGCAUAGGUGAGUUUCUUCACCCACCUGAUCAUUUUGCUUGCCCUUUUCUGCACAUGAUUCAAAUAUCCAGCUUUAUGCACAUAAGAAGGUGAAUUCUUCUGAGCUUCCACUGGGGGAUGACGGUAGAAAUGUAUCCUGCCUCACAGUGACUGGAUAAUGUCUGCAGUUUUGUCUAUUUGGCAUCUAAAAAGCUGUGCAGUAGAAAAUACUAUUGACACAUUAGAUACUACAGUAGGAGGAAGUUUAUGAGAAGUGUCAAAAUAUUGCAUUCUGGCUACAAGACUACAUUGGAUGUUUGGCUUGUGGGGUGGAAAUAGUAACGAAGAGAGAGCUCUGUAGAAGUUCAAGGAGUUCAAAGAGUUGAGGUACUUUGUGUAGAAAUGUGGCAGGAAUGGGAACAGAGAAUGUAAUCCUUCUAUGCUUGAAUCUGUUAAACCAGUCGGACAAUAGUCAUUGCUUAUUUCAUUCUCUUCUCUCUAUCCUCAUCUGGCAGAAAGUAAACUGUGUCCAGUUCAAUGAAGAGGCAACUGUGAUCCUUUCAGGUAAGGAAUACUUUUCUUCUCACUCUGCUUCACUGUUAAUCCCAGAGAACUCAUUUUAGGCUGUACUCAAUAGACAUCUUUGCUCUCUUGCAGGUGCCAUUGACUCCAGUGUCCGCUGCUGGGAUUGCCGCUCACGCAGACCAGAUCCCAUCCAAAUCCUGGAUGAGGCCAAGGAUGGCAUUUCCAGUCUGAAGGUGUCAGACCAUGAAAUCCUUACAGGGUAAGGAAAGGUGGAGUGAAGUUAGAGCUGGAGAGGGCAAAUUCCCUGCCAUGCGAAGUCCAUGCUGGACCUUGGGAUCUGUUAAGGGCUUCCCGACCCAUCCAGGUGUGUUUUAUCCCUCUACUCAUCUGCAAUGGAUUGAAAGAAGCAGACUGAGGAAGCCCUAUGGCCCCAAUCGCAUUCCAAAAUACAGUGUAUGGCCACUGAUAUUGUUUUGUUACUUAUAAUUAUUAUAAAUAUAAAACUUUUAAACAUUAUAUUCUAUGCUGUUCUUAUAAAGCUGGUGUUUUGCAUUACAGUGGUGCCCCGCAAGACGAAUGCCUCGCAAGACGGAAAACCCGCUAGACGAAAGGGUUUUCCGUUUUUGAGUUGCUUCGCAAGACGAAUUUCCCUAUGGGCUUGCUUCGCAAGACGAAAAUGUCUUGCGAGUCUUGAGAUUUUUUUUCGCUUCCCCCCCUUUUUCUAAGCCGCUAAGCCUUUAAUAGCCUUUUAGCAGCUAAGCCGCUAAGCCUUUAAUAGCCGCUAAACUGCUAAUAGCGCUAAUCCGCUAAGCCGCUAAUAGGGUUGCUUCGCAAGACGAAAAAACCGCUAGACCAAGACACUCGCGGAACGGAUUAAUUUCGUCUUGCGAGGCACCACUGUACCAGCAUUUGACAAUACUUGUCUGACCAAUUGAUCAGAUUCUUUUUGGACUAAUAAAAAGCCCAAUCCUAAAGUCACACAGCUGUGUAGAUCCAUACUCUGCAGUAUCCUCUCAUUUCUAAACUUUCAUCAGAAACGAAGAAAUAUUUUCAGUGUUUGCUCCAAAAGGGAGAAAGUUAGUUUCAAAAGAAUACAAGCAUAUAGGGAAUCCUGUCCCACAACUUGAGUUCCAUGGUUUGAAAACAAGGAAUGUUGAAAGGGCACCCUUUGAGCCCUCAGGGUCGUCCGCCAAUGUGCUUGCUGAGUGCCACCCUCCUGCUGCCAGCUAAUUUCCACUGCCCCCUUUUUUAUUUUUCAGUUCUGUGGAUGGGCGUGUCCGUCGCUAUGACCUCCGUGCUGGGGAGCUCUACUCAGAUUAUAUUGGAAGUGAGUGUUGCUUACAGACUUGUUGACAAUUUGGUAUGAUGAGAGACAAUUUUCAGGGUGAUGGUUCCUGUUGCAUUUCCUUUGCCUCCCUCACCUGUAUUCCCCUGCCUCUUCUCUUUAGCUGAUGCCCCUCAGGUCCAGACCGAAGGGACCCUGCCACAUCUUGUAUCAUGUCCGACACUGACUCAUUCUAGGCAGUGGGUAGACUUGAUCUCUGCAAGCUACUGUUCCUUCCUUCCUUCCUAAUUUGUAGCCCUGAAGAAACUCCUAAGAACAAGUUCUGAUGGGGAUUGCCCAGAAUCUUGCACUUUUUUGUUUCUUGAUGCAAUCAAACCCAACACUGCCAUAUUUUAUUAUAGGUCCCAUCACCUGCGUGUGUUUCAGCAAAGAUGGGCAAUGUACCCUGGCUGCUAGCUUGGAUUCUACUCUGCGUUUGCUGGACAAGGAUACGGGUGAACUACUAGGAGAGUAAGCAAUGCAGUUAUUUAGUCCUGUCAUUAAAGCUUGCCCUACCCCACCCUGUUGUCGACAGACAAUAGCAGCUCAAAAGAGUGGCUGUUCUUCAGCAUUUGGGUGCAGCCAAUCCAGUGUUUAAGUGUAUGAGUGCUUCCAUGUAAAAGAACCUAGUGGACUAGAGAAAUUUGUGCAAUACAAUCUUUAUACAUUGAAUCAGAGCCACAGUCAGUCUGCUUUGAACUCUGGUGAUGCUGGGCUUUCAUUAUCCUCCAUCUACCUUGUCAGGGACUAGUAACAACCAUAGGUGGACUUAUGGGGGGAAAGCCUGACUGAGAAAAGCAGAAAUAUUCUCCUCUUCCUCAUCUCAUCCCCCCCCAUGACACCUCUAGAUAUACAGGCCACAAGAAUGUAACCUAUAAGAUGGACUGCUGCAUGAGCGAGAGGGACACUCAUGUCGGGAGCUGCUCUGAGGAUGGGAAGGUGUACUUCUGGGACCUGGUGGAGGUGAGCAGAAUGACCUGGGAAAAUGGAGAGGUUCCUUCUUGGGCGGUCAUGUAACUUGCCAGUGCUUCAUGGGAGUUGAGCCACAGAUACUGUGUGUGGGGGGGUGCAGUUUGGGGGGCUUGAAUUCCAUUUGGUUGGAUAAGGCAACAUUUAACCUUGGAGAACAAAGCAUGAAGCCUUCUCUCCAAAUUGUUGGUGGUCAGCAGAGAUUUUAGCUCAGUGCCUUAAUUGCUGACAGUAAUCAUAGCUGUUUUUUGUAUGACCUAGUUGCCUGAAUAUGACCACUAAGAACAUAGGCAGAGGAAUUAAUGCAUAGCAUUUUCCAAUCUAUGUGUUAAACGAACAGUUAAAGCAGUGGUUUUCAGCCAGUGUGCCGUGGCACCCUGGGGUGCUUUGAAUGAUGGUCAGGGGUGCCGUGGGCAACAGUGGCCUCUGUCCCUCUUUCCUUCCUUCCCUCCCUCUGGUGCCCUCGUGUCUCUGCCUCCUAAAGGCUUGCAGAGUUAUUUAUUGCAGCAGCCCUGGCUACAAGCUCCCCAGGCGAAUGGUGCCUCUGGGGCUGGUCAGGGAGGAUCAAGGGGGCAGCUCAGAGACCAGGGGAGGCAGCUGCAGCUGCUCAGAGGACUCCCAAGGACAGGCAAUUGCAAAGGAGGCUGAGGGAGCACCUGCACAAGGAAGGGUGUUUGAAAAAGCGUGAAAAGCUGCCAGCUCGGCAGGCAAGGGGUGACAUAACUGGGCUCCUGAGCCCCACAGAGGUGCCACAGAAAGAAUGUAGUUGGUCAAGGGAGCCAUGGACUCAAAAACAUUGAAAAUCUCUGAGUUAAAGUGUUACGUAGACCACUAUCACUUAUCUGAAGUUUAUGGGAGGAAGCGCUUUUGAUGCAACUGUAUUGGUUCAAAGCUAAAUACAAGAUUUGCUUCCUCAUGACCAUUGAGGAUCAGGUACAGUUUGCAUGCUUUCCACUGCAAGGCAUUUCUUCUCUUUCCUCUCUUGAACUUGGACUGUCCCUUUCUCAUAUUGAUCAUUCAGCACAAGAGGUGGUGCUUGAAAAGCAGAUGCAAUUCUGAACUCCAGCCCAUGUCUAGCUGCCCAAGUGUUAGGAGUAUGUUAUCUCUACCCUUAUCUUCAUUAUUCUUCUCUCUCCUCUUCACAGGGGUCCCUUGCCCUGAGCUUGCCUGUGAGCAAGACUGCAGUUCAGUCUCUGUCCUUCCACCCAACUGAGUCUUGCUUGCUCACUGCUGCAGUGGGCCGUGUGCAGUUUUGGAGGGAGGAGUCGUACGUGGCUGAGGAAGGGGAACCAGCCUGAUGGUCCCUGUCCUGGCUUGAGUGGAGGACCGAAGCUACCAGGAGAUGGAACUCUCAGCCAUACUUCUCUUCAGAAGCACAGUACUGUUUCCACUGCCUUCGGGAAGGUGUGCAACACUGGACUCCCCUGCUCUUUGGAAUCACACUUUGCAACUGGUGCUUGUAACACUUAAUUACAAUUUCUCAGUUCCAUACCAGUUUCCAGAGGGAUGGUCAUGUUAGUCUCUCUUCCUCAACCAUCAGCAGGUUUCUGUUUUAUAAGUACUCUCAUCUUUCAACAUUAAUACCUGAGUUGAUUGUUCUCCUUCCCCACCCCCCAAAAGACUGUAUUGCUUUACUGAAAACUAAG